ACCACUAAAAAGUAAAAUUUUCUAAAAAUCUGAUUAUUUUGUUUACUGUCAAGAAAGACCAAAAAAAAUGAAUUUAUCAAAUCUCAGACCAUCAUCCAAAAGUUCAAUCCUUGACAAAACCUUAACUAAAGGGAAAAAUGAAGUUUCUCUCAGUUUAUUUGCUUUAGUUUUUUCCGAAAUCGUGCAAUAUUCUCAAAAAAGCUGCAGUUCAGUUGCUGAUUUAUCGGAAAAACUUCAUUCAUUGGGCUACGAUGUUGGCUCAAGACUUCUAGACUUGUACGUGCAUAGAGAAAAGAAUUCAAAGCGAGAAACCAAGCUGAUCAACAUGCUUUUAUUUGUGAAAACUACUUUAUGGAAGACACUCUUUGGUAAAGAAAUUGAUAAGUUGGAACAUGCAAAUGAUGACGAAAGAACUUAUUACAUCAUUGAAACUGAUCCAGUUGUUAAUAAAUACAUUUCCGUUCCUAAGGACAAAGGCUCAUUAAAUGCAGCUGUUUUCACUGCUGGAAUUAUCGAAGCAGUUCUUACUCUUGCAGGAUUUGCUUGUAAAGUCACAGCACAUUAUCAUAAAGGAACAACUUAUAUGUGUAAAUUUGAAGAUCAUGUCAUAGCUCGAGAUAAACAACUGGAUUAAAAAUGAAAAUAAAUUAAUUAUAUCAAUCGUA